UGCAGCCAAAUGUUGUUCUCAAGGCAUUCCAGUACAGCGCGUUGGUCAUGAUGAGGAGAUGUCUCUGCCUGGACUUGGGCUAGCAGAGCCUGAAGAGCUGUCUGCAGUUGAGACAGCGCAACAUGACCUGGCCAAAGACUGCGAAUGGCGUUUUGAAGUCGCCGUGGGAAAGUAUGUUCAGGUCAAGGUAUUGACAGGUACCGCCGAGCUCUUCGGCACCGAACUGGUUAUCGGCAACACAUACACGUUCACAGGCACGAAGGCUGCCAUCUACACCUGGCAUGGCUGUGCAUUUGAAGUCAGCGGCGACUCACUACAGAGCGAGUACACCGCUGAAGAGACGCCCAUGAGCGAGUACAUAAACCUGCAUUUCGCCCUCGAGAGUCUACGUGACCAAACCAAAGCGUCCGGCCGAGAAGGUCCACGAGUUCUAAUCCUUGGACCAGAAAACGCAGGAAAAAGCACACUCGCAAAAGUCCUGACUGGCUAUGCUUCUCGAUCUGCGCGAUCUCCUGUCGUCGUAAACCUGGACGUCCAAGAAGGAGUAAUGAGUGUCGCUGGCACCCUUACGGCCACCGUCUUCAAGAGCAUGAUGGACGUCGAAGAAGGAUGGGGAACAGCACCUAUGAGUGGUCCGAACGGAGCGGUCCCCGUGAAACUGCCACUGGUCUACUUCUUCGGCAGCCACACUCCAGAAGGGAAGGAUGGCAAGGUUUACAGGGCUCAGGCCAAUCGUCUCGCCCUAGCUGUUGCAGGACGAGUGGCUCAGGACGCAGAAGCCCGAGAAAGUGGCGUCAUCAUCGACACCCCAGGCAGCCUCAUCAGCACCAAAGCCGGCAACGUAGGCUACGACAUUAUCCAAGAGAUUGUCUCCGAAUUCGCAGUGUCAGCCAUCAUCUGCAUCGGCUCUGAAAGAUUAUACAGUGAUAUGGUCAAGCGAUUUGACCGGCAACCAACGGCAUCUCGAACACCCAGUGCAAACGAGACCAUCUCCGUGGUCAAACUGGCCAGAUCGGGCGGCUGCGUCGAUCGCGACCCGAACUUCAUGCAGGCCUUUCGUGCCGCUCAGAUCAAGACGUACUUCUACGGCAACCCACGCCUGAGCAACGGUAUCUCGUUACAGCCUCGUCAACAACAAGUCGACUUUUCCACAUUGACUGUCUGGCGGCGCAUAGGGAGCACGCCUAAUCCAUCUGGCGAAUGUGCAGACGAAGACUACGACACAUUUCUACCAGGCGGGCAUGAAGACUCUGGAAACAAGGUUGCUCUGCCUGCGUCACAGAUAUAUGAACGAUUGUCCGCUCCGGUUGCGGCCAUGCGCAGUUCCAUCCUUGCAGUCAUGAAUUGCGAGCCCGAAGCCGACCAGGGAGUCAUCCGAGACAGUAGCGUCAUGGGGUUCUUGUACGUGACGGACACCGACGAGACAAGGGGCCGUAUCAGCUUGCUCAGUCCCGUCGCUGGACGUGUUCCAAGCCGUGCUAUUGUGUGGGCAGGCUGGCCAGAGCCCGUGCUGGGAAUGGAUAGAUCAUAAAUCUUGUGAAUGGAGCAGGAGGGCAUCUGACAGGCAACCAUAGACCACGAUGAUUGAAAAUGAACGGGCAUUUUGACGUGA